GAGGAAAUUUCCAGAAUAUAUGCAGUAUUUGCCAAGAGUUGAAGAAGGAAAACGUUUCUAUCAGCGAAAACCUAGAAGAGCGGUUUGAGCAGGAUAGCAAAAAUGUUACAGAGGCUCUUAAAGCUAUAGAAAACGAAUUGAGUGAGAUUAAUGAAAAGGUGUGGUGGUUACCCAGGAGUGAUUUGCAACAGCUGUAUAACGAAUCGCAGUCGAUAAAGGAUGAUGUAUCAAAAAAAGCAUUAGAAAUAGAGGAAAUUGAAGCGAAGAGUAAUGGAAUACGAGCAAAAAUAGAGGUCUAUGAAACCGAAAAAGAAACUAAUAUAGCAAAAGCCAUUGAACAGUGGAUAAUGUUGACAGAGGGGCGUAAACGAUUACAUAACAUUGAAGGACUGUUUUUAGACGUUUCAAGACUGGCCGAAAAUUCAGCAGAGAUUAUAAAUUUGGAUAGCUUACGAACUUUUGCUAAUAACGUCGCGGAAAAGUUGAAAGGAGUCGCGGAUUACUAUGACAGCAAUACCGCUACUGUACAAAAAAUUCACUCGAUUUUGCACGAAUUGGCAGUAAAGAAGGUUGAACUGCAAACUAAAAACAUCAGUUCAAAGAAGAAAUGUGCCUUUUUAGGUUUCUUCUGUAACUGA